CUCAUAUGAGAAUCCAUAGUGCUGAAAAGUCAUAUACUUGCUGAAAAGUCACUUCUAGUGUUUGAAACAUCGAAGACUCAAUAUUUAUUCGUGAAAAAUGUCUUUAAGAUGAAACUAGCAAGUGGCCGUGGAAGUGAAUUAACCUAAAAACUUUAAACCUGAGACAAAAUAAAUAAACAUAAUUGAAGAGAAAUAGACUCGUACCAAAAUAUGGAAAAACAUCCCGAACUAUUCAUUGAAGAGAAACCCUCUUGUGGAUCAAGUAGCGAAGAUUGCUACACUCAAGAACCAGAAGAUACAAAAUCAGAUAAGAAUCUCCCCAUAGUUGAAGCGCCUGAAAAAAUAUCUACAAUAUCUCCAGAAUUAGUUGAUCCUUAUACAGAAUUGAAAAAGAAAAGAGUAAUUCCUUGCGAGAUUUGCGGAAAGAUGUUUUCAACCUCUACUUGCCUGAAAACUCAUAUGAGAAUCCACAGUGCUGAAAAGUCAUAUACUUGUCAACAUUGCGCAAAGGUUUUCGCCACGGAAUGGAACUUGAAGAUACAUUCAAGAGUUCACUCUGGUGAAAAACCAUUUGCUUGUGAAUUUUGUUCAAAGACGUUUUCUCAGUCGUCCUCUUUGAAACAGCACGUAAGGUGUCAUACCGGCGAAAAGCCAUACUCUUGUCAACUUUGUUCAAAGUCGUUUGCGCAAUCUUCGCAGUGGAGGAGGCAUUUGCAGAUCCAUACUGGCGAGAAACCACAUUCGUGUAAGUACUGUUCAACUUCGUUUGCUCAUUUGACGUCUCUGCACAAUCAUUUAAAACGCCACACCGGCGACAAGCCAUACUCUUGCGAAAUUUGUUCAAGGAGCUUUACUCGUUUUGAAACAAUGAAAAGUCACGUGAGGGUUCAUACUGGUGAAAAACCCUUUGCUUGUGAAACCUGUUCUCGUUCGUUUCCUGACAAGGCAAGACUUAAAGAGCAUUUGAAAAUCUAUUCUGACAGAAAACCGUCUUCACAUUUGAGUAACAAGGGAACGAAAAAAGCGUAUACUUGCGAAAUAUGUUCAAGGUCACUUUGUAGUGCCUCACAAAAGGUUCGGCAUAUGAGGAGUCAUACUGGAGAAAAGCCAUUUUCUUGUAAGGUCUGCGCUGCUGCAUUUUCGGAUAUGUCAAAUUUGAAACAACAUGUCAGGAUCCAUACGGGGGAAAAGCCAUACGCUUGUGUACUCUGCUCAAAGACUUUUGCUAUGUCGUCAAAUCUAAAAGUUCAUUUGCGGGUUCAUACUGGAGAAAAACCAUACGCAUGUAAAGUUUGUUCCAAGACCUUUCCUAGUGUGUCAAAUCUUAAUGGUCAUUCCAGAGUCCAUGAAAGCAAAAAUUUAGACUCUUCUGAAACUUGAUUUCAAAUAUUUCUUGAUCUGUUUGAUCUGAAAAGUCACUCGCGAAUAGGGAAGUUUUCGAUUUUUCAAUUUUAUUUUUAUAUGAUAGAGUAACAUGUACGAACAUCAUAUGUGAAAAAAUUUUUGCGCUGCGAUAAGUAGUUUUUUUUAAAUUAAUUUUUAAAGUUCAAGCGAUUGUGACGUCAAAUGACGCAGGAAGUGACGUCAUGCGCUCUUCCGCCGCGGGAGAAGCCGAAGGGCGUGCAGUUGGCUUCGAAGACGAAACGUAAGGCUUACCUCCUCGCAUUUAACUUCUCGCGUUUCUGGAACAUUAAACCUCUCAUCCUCUCGGAAAUAUUCGAAUACCAUCAUUGAUGUUACUUGAGGAAGAUUAUUAGAUUGUGUUUUAACGGAUCCGACCUCCAUAGUAUGUUCAAAAGGAUCAUUGAAUUUCUAAAAAUAAAAAUAUCAGCGCGCUCAAAAUGUCCGUAGCGAAAACAAGGGAUCUUCGGCGGAAGGCUGCCCAUUAGUGCCCUGUGACGUAAGCUCGUGACGUUUCACAAGAGCGCACGUUUGCGCGUGGAUUUUUAAAAACUCAUUAAAAAUCAAUCACGGUGUUUUAAAAUUCGGCGAUGGAGAAUUUUUUAGUUUUGAGGGUCAAUUAGCAAUAUCCAAUAGUCAAAAUAUGAACAUUUAAUAGGUUGCAACUUCCCUAUUCAUGCUAUCAAAAACAAUGAACCUUAAUUUAAAACACUUUUUGAUCGGUCAAAUCUGGAAAAUCGUAGAAGAAUCCGUUCAAGAAAAGAACGAUAUUCCUGUUCAACUUUUUUAAAAGUAUGUUUUGUGUGUCAAAUUUGAAAAAAAAAUUUCGAGAAUUCAUGCUAGUAUAAUCCAUAAAAUUUGGUUUAAGCCUUUUUUCGUGUCACAUUUGGAAAAUCAUCCAUUCUAGCCAAAGGCAUUUCUUUUCAACACUGAUUGAAGGCAUUUUAUGAUGCGUCA